AAAAAAUCGACAACAAAAUUCGUCACAACAAUUUAUGUGCUAUUUGUGCUGAAUGUUGGCAGCGCUGGAGCCCUGCCUCGGUGGAUUAGCCUGUACUAGGGGAUGUCGGGGUGUGAUCAAAGCACUGUCGAAUCAUUGGCUGAUGAUCCAACAGAUUCACCAUUCGAUGCCGAUGAUUGUCUUAAAGUUCGAAAAUAUUGGUGUUUUUUGCUAUCGAGCAUUUUUACAUUCCUUGCUGGCUUGCUUAUUGUGCUGCUAUGGCGUGCAUUUGCAUUUAUUUGCUGCCGCAAAGAGCCGGACCUGGGUCCCAACGAUCCAAAACAAAAGGAACAGAAAGCUUCACGUAACAAACAGGAAUUUGAAGGUACAUUUAUGACAGAAGCAAAAGACUGGGCUGGAGAACUUAUCUCGGGUCAAACAACAACUGGUCGAAUUUUGGUCGUACUCGUGUUCAUACUCAGCAUUGCAUCUCUUAUUAUAUACUUUGUUGAUGCCUCUAGCGAAGAAGUUGAACGUUGUCAAAAAUGGAGUAAUAACAUUACUCAACAAAUCGAUCUCGCUUUCAAUAUAUUUUUUAUGGUUUACUUUUUUAUUCGAUUUAUAGCGGCGUCCGAUAAGCUUUGGUUUAUGUUAGAAAUGUACAGUUUUGUAGAUUAUUUUACAAUACCCCCGUCCUUCGUAUCAAUAUAUUUAGAUCGAACGUGGAUCGGUCUUCGAUUUCUGCGUGCGCUACGACUCAUGACUGUUCCAGAUAUAUUACAAUACUUAAAUGUACUAAAAACAUCGAGCUCAAUACGUUUGGCUCAACUAGUAUCAAUUUUUAUAUCCGUAUGGCUGACAGCAGCGGGAAUUAUACAUCUGCUGGAGAACUCUGGCGAUCCACUGGAUUUUAAUAAUGCUCAUCGUUUAUCCUAUUGGACCUGUGUCUAUUUCCUUAUUGUGACCAUGUCAACAGUAGGAUAUGGUGAUGUUUACUGUGAGACUGUCUUAGGAAGAACAUUUCUAGUGUUUUUUCUGCUCGUCGGCUUGGCAAUGUUUGCCAGCAGUAUUCCGGAAAUAAUUGAACUCGUUGGUAGUGGCAAUAAAUACGGCGGUGAACUGAAAAGAGAACACGGAAAGAGACAUAUUGUAGUAUGCGGUCAUAUUACGUAUGAAUCCGUGUCCCAUUUCUUGAAGGACUUUUUGCACGAAGACCGUGAGGAUGUUGAUGUCGAAGUAGUUUUCUUGCAUCGAAAACCACCCGAUUUGGAACUUGAGGGUUUGUUCAAACGUCAUUUUACCACCGUGGAGUUCUUCCAAGGAACCAUAAUGAAUCCAAUUGAUCUGCAAAGGGUUAAGGUACAUGAAGCUGAUGCCUGUCUAGUGCUAGCUAACAAAUAUUGCCAAGACCCCGACGCUGAAGAUGCUGCGAACAUAAUGAGGGUUAUUUCAAUAAAAAACUACAGCGAUGAUAUACGUGUAAUCAUUCAGCUUAUGCAAUACCACAAUAAGGCAUAUUUACUGAAUAUACCGUCGUGGGACUGGAAACAAGGCGAUGAUGUAAUAUGUCUGGCAGAGCUAAAGCUGGGAUUUAUAGCGCAGAGUUGUUUGGCACCAGGCUUUUCUACAAUGAUGGCAAAUUUAUUUGCAAUGCGUUCCUUUAAAACGUCUCCAGAAAUGCAAUCUUGGACUAAUGAUUACCUGCGCGGCACGGGCAUGGAAAUGUAUACAGAAACAUUGAGUCCCACAUUUAUUGGAAUACCAUUUGCUCAGGCUACUGAGUUGUGUUUCUCCAAGCUGAAAUUGUUAUUGCUGGCUAUUGAGAUCAAAGGAGCAGAGGAGGGAGCAGAUAGCAAAAUAUCUAUAAAUCCACGUGGUGCUAAGAUUCAGGCUAACACGCAGGGUUUCUUCAUAGCACAGAGCGCUGAUGAGGUUAAGCGCGCGUGGUUCUACUGUAAGGCCUGUCACGAGGAUAUCAAAGAUGAAACCCUAAUCAAAAAGUGCAAAUGCAAAAAUUUAACUGUUCAGCCAAGGAGCAAGUAUGAUGAUUUAGUGGCCACCUUCCGGAAAGGCGUCCGAGCCGUACAAAUGGUUGGACGUGCAAAAGACGAUGAAUACUCGUUGUCAAAUGAACACCAUCCUGCACCCACAUUUACGCCACCAGAGCUACCCAAGCGGGUGCAUGUGCGUGGAUCUGUAUCGGGUGAUAUUACGCGUGACAGAGAAGACACAAAUCUUUUGAAUCGAAAUAUAAGGCGCCCUAAUGGAACAGGAAAUGGUGCCAGUGGUUUAUAUCAUAUGAAUAACACUCCUGUUACUGCUGUGGCUCCGGCCUCUGUGGUAAAGCAGGUUAACAAAGUAAAGCCCACUGUAAACAUCAGCCGACAAGUAGAAGGACAAGUCAUAUCGCCAUCUCAAUAUAACAGGCCACCAGAAAAUGAUGCUAACCCUUAUGCGGGCUAUCAACUUGCUUACGAAGUUAAAAAGCUCAUGCCAACCAGUCGCAGCUCCGGCGGUACACAGAAUCAAAAUGGAGGAGUUUCUCUUCCGGCUGGCAUUGCGGAUGACCAAUCUAAGGACUUUGAUUUUGAAAAGACCGAAAUGAAAUAUGACUCCACGGGCAUGUUUCAUUGGAGUCCAGCAAAGAGCUUAGAAGACUGCAUAUUGGAUCGCAAUCAAGCGGCCAUGACGGUAUUGAAUGGACAUGUUGUAGUUUGCCUGUUCGCUGAUCCGGAUUCACCCUUGAUUGGGCUGCGUAACUUGGUGAUGCCCCUGCGUGCAUCGAAUUUUCAUUACCAUGAGCUAAAGCAUGUGGUAAUAGUAGGAUCAGUUGACUACAUAAGACGCGAAUGGAAAAUGUUACAGAAUCUACCCAAGAUAUCUGUGUUAAAUGGUUCUCCAUUGAGUCGAGCCGAUUUGCGUGCGGUUAAUGUCAAUCUGUGCGACAUGUGCUGCAUAUUGUCGGCAAAAGUUCCUAGUAAUGAUGACCCCACGCUGGCUGAUAAAGAGGCAAUUUUGGCAUCACUGAACAUCAAGGCUAUGACUUUUGAUGAUACCAUAGGUGUGCUUAGUCAACGCGGUCCGGAGUUCGACAAUCUGAGCGCGACAGCGGGUAGUCCAAUUGUACUUCAACGCCGCGGUUCAGUAUAUGGUGCAAAUGUACCCAUGAUAACAGAAUUGGUCAAUGAUAGUAACGUGCAGUUUCUGGAUCAAGACGACGAUGAUGAUCCCGACACAGAGCUAUAUCUAACACAACCAUUUGCCUGCGGUACAGCGUUCGCAGUGAGCGUCUUAGAUUCACUAAUGUCCACGACAUAUUUUAAUCAAAACGCCCUAACGCUAAUACGUUCACUGAUAACAGGCGGUGCUACGCCUGAGUUGGAACUUAUCCUCGCUGAGGGUGCAGGUCUACGCGGCGGCUAUAGCACUAUUGACAGUCUGAGCAAUCGUGACAGAUGUCGCGUGGGUCAAAUUUCUCUAUACGAUGGUCCAUUAGCGCAAUUUGGGGAGUGCGGAAAGUAUGGGGAUUUAUUUGUGGCCGCACUUAAAUCGUACGGUAUGUUGUGUAUAGGACUUUAUCGAUUCAGGGAUACAAGCUCAAGCUGUGAUGCCAGUAGCAAACGAUAUGUUAUUACAAACCCACCCGAUGACUUUUCAUUACUGCCAACAGAUCAGGUAUUCGUUUUAAUGCAAUUCGACCCGGGUCUAGAAUACAAGCCGCCCGCAGUACGUGCUCCUACAGGUGGACGCGGUACCAAUACACAAGGCUCGGGAGUCGGUGGUGGUGGCUCGAACAAAGAUGAUAACUCUUGAUUGUUACUGUGUAGCGCCUUAACUGAUGGUCCUUAUUCAUACAUUUGAACGAUAAAAACACUAAUUUGUAGAGCAAUGCAAUAAUAUCAGAAAACUUUUAUUUUUACGUUUUAUAGUAUUAUCAGAUAAACAAUAAUUUAAUAUAAAAUAUAUAUUACGUGUAUACUACAUAAAUAGGGAAACAGUAACUAAAUCAAAAGAUAGCCUAACUGGCAUAUGUUGAAAAAAAAAUAGCUAAUGAUUUGUAAAACAAAAUUGCAUUGCUCUAUACUUUUAUAUUUGAAUAGACAAAACAAGACAGUGCUGCCUAAAUCAAAAGAGAUAACAACGACCCUAAAAAUGCCAACAACGUUUGUCUAAAUAAACAUAAAAGUGCUAUCUAUAUAUUAGUAUGUGAAAUCGGAGAACAUCUUCUUCAAUGAAAAAUAUCGUUCAAAAUGUUAGCUGAUUGCUUUCCACACCAUUCCGAAUGCCAUUUUAGAACCUUGAAACUAACAUUCAAGUCAUAACUAAAAUUAUUGUCAGAUAUACUUAAUUUAUUUUUCUAGAAAAUUGCUUAACAUUUGUUGUUGAUUUUAUUA